CCUUCUCUUCAGUCAACACUGUAUCCGCGGCGUUGAGCUCUCCAUCCUGAUGAAGCUCCUUGAGCGACCAGGAUGGCGUGCGCGGGACGCUGGAGAUCUCGCGAAGACCCUCAGGCAGUGGAGCAGCUGUAGAGCUGAAGCAUCGAGUAGUAGAAGCCUGGAGUGAACGUCGGACAGCGCGGUGAAGCUGCCUCGCCGUCGCCACAGAUGUCCGCAUGACGCCUGUAAUUGAAAUGAGCGGUUGUCAACUACAUAAGUUCGCCUUAAGUUCGCAUCCAGUAGAAGGCAAAAGGAUGAAGGUGCCCAAGAUGAUGAUCGACUACACGCUGCGCUUUGGUAUCCCCAUAGCACUAUGCUACGCCUACUGGGACCCCAAGUCUGAUGAGGACAUCCGUCGCGACGUGGAAUCCAAGAUUAAGCCGGAUCUGGAGACCAGGAAGAAGAAGCAGGCCAAGUUUGCGGAGCUAUUGCUGCAGAAGGACGGCAUCUCGAGCGAGUCAAAGCAGCAACUGGACCGAGUUACGGCCUUCACCAAGACAAAGGAGCAGUAUUUAUCCGAUAAGAAGAAAGAGAAAUGAAAAGAGAACUCUGGUCUUUGAUACUACGUUGUGGGUGUGCUUGGUAGUGGGUCGAACUGCUGAUCAAUUCAUGUACCGCUGGAUGCGACUACAGUGCACGGAGUCAGCCUCUUUCAACGCGAUCUCCAGCUGCCUCUGCAUGAGUUUAAGAC